AAGGGGGCGCCUGCGGAAAUCGCGCCGCAGAAACUGGCCAGCGAGGCAGUCGCGGAGGCCCGCGGAAGCGAGGCAGCCCAGGGCGCCGGGGCUCGCGAGGCGGCCAGCGCGCAGGCAGGGGCCAGGGAGGGCGCUUCUGUGAACGAGCUCCAGGCUUCAGGUCUGGAGAAGACGGGCCACGAAGGCUUUGAGGCGCGGUUGAAGAGGCUCUCGGAGCCAGUCCCCAGGGCGGCCUUUCAGCCAGCUCUGCCCGCGAAGUUGAACAGCGUUGAUUGUGGGGCCCACGUUGACUACGUCAAGAUGAUUCAGAGUGGUGCGCAGAUACGCGCCGAGUGCAAGUGGGGCAG